AUGGAUCCUGACGGCCUUGACGAUGCGCUGGAUCUGUCCAGAGACAGGUCACAGAAUCAGGGCGUGUACAUCUACCAACCGGCAAAACCUGGGAAAACCCCCGGCGAACGACCCUCGAAACGGCGCAAGGUCUCCUCUACCGACAAUCGAGGAAAGCAGUCCAUUGCUCAAUGCUUUGUUCCCUUGCUCAAUGGCGGAGAAAGCGCCGAAUGUGUGCAACUGCGACACGAUACCUACAAAAAGCUUUGGGUUGAGCAGGAGUACAAGAUUCAGGCAAUCCUUGAAGAUGUUGACGCCGGAGUCUUGAACGACGUACUCUCUUUCGUGAGAGAGAAUUCGCCUGAAACAUGCAAUGGAUGUAUUCCUACGGGCCUGGUGACUGUUGGAUCCAAUGUAUCUUCACUCAGCAGAUUGCUUUCGCGCCUCAAUGAUCAAUUAACAACGUGCGGCCAAGGUGGCGUGGUGGUGCUCGAGUCGGGCGAUGCCCCUAAUCUGAAGACAUCUCUGAAGAACAUCAUUCGAGCGGCGAUCACCAAUACUGAGGGCAAUGAUGGAUAUCAAAAGUUCCUUACGGAUCGUGCUGGACCCCGACUUCUUGGGUACGAUCUGGACCUUCUCAAUGACUACGUCCAAAGAAAAGGCACCAAAAAGCUAGUUCUUGCGUUGAAAGAUAGCGAGGCUUUUGAUCCAGGUCUGCUGAUGGAUCUACUAUCACUCCUCAAGUCCUGGCUUGAUCGUAUCCCAUUCACAGUGCUGCUCGGAAUCUCAACCUCUGUCGAGCUGUUUGAGGGUCGACUCCCACGGGCAUGCGUCUCUUUGCUUCAAGGGAAGCAUUUCGAAGUUCAAGAAGCGGGCAAUUGUGUCGACCGCAUUUACGAGACACUUCAAACCAGCCCACAUGGAAAAUUGUGGCUUGGUCGCAAUAUCACUAGCACUCUUCUUGAAAAGACAAGUGACUACUUUCAAACCCCGGAAGCUUUUAGUCGCAUGGUGAAGUAUGGGUACAUGUCACAUUUCUUUGCCAAUCCUCUAGCAGUGCUGUUAGGAAGCCCAGCACCAGCCACGAUAUCUCGAGGCCGGCUCUGCGAAGCCAUUAGAAACCUGCCUUCAUUCAGAAUGUUCUGUGAGGAUCUAGUCGAGGCUGGUUCCCCCGAUGAUGUACGGAACUUGCUAGAAAGCGAUGAGUAUCUGGUCCAGGAAGCGCUCAGCAAUGUUAGCGCUGGCCAGCAGAGAAUGCAGCAAAUUUUCCAAGCUGUUCUUGUCAUCCAUGCCUGUCUCCAGCACACUCAAACUGCGAAGAAAACUAGCGUUUCUGACCUGUCCGUUCGUGCCCUCUCUGGUGAGCUGAACGAUUCGCAGAUGGUGGAGGAUAUGUUAGCCACCGUGAGAGCUCUCGACUCAGAAAAGCUGGGCCUUCUGUUGGAGUCUUUGCCCAAGACCCUCCCUGCCGACCUAGGUAUUGGAGAAAUCCAAACAGAUCUCAAAACACUUGUCGGCACAAACGCAGGCUACGCACCACUUCGCAGUGAAUAUAAUAUUAACAGCUCUGUGGUGAAAACCACUGUCGUCCAGCAACGGGUUCUACUCAGCAAAGGCAAGGCAAACCUGUCUGAGCAAGACAUCGAGUACACCAGGAUCAUCGACCGGCUAUUUGGGGCAUUACAUGAAUAUUUCACGGAGUCGUUGAUCGAGCCGCAGGAUCUAUUCAUGCAUGAAGCGUUCUUGUUUGAUCUGCGAAAUCCUUUGAAAGAGAAUUUCACACCUCGGCCCCGUUUCGCUCUGGAACGCGCCCUUGCAAAUCCUUUCGACUAUCUUAUUUCCUCAACUGAUGCAAGCGGCGCAAGAAUUUCCGCUAGGCAGCCUCCUACCGCCAUUUUAUAUCAACUCUACCUUGAGUCCGGAGCUAUGGUCAAUGUCCAUGACCUAUGGCAGGCCUUCCACGCAGUAUUUGAGAGUGACCAGGGCAAUCAGUGCGACGACCGCAUGAUCAUGUCCUUGUUCUAUGGCGCACUGUCCGAUUUGAAGUCAUUUGGCAUGGUCAAGAAUAGCCGAAAGAAGACAGACCAUCUGGCCAAAUCUUCAUGGAUGGGGUUGUAG